CCUUUUUUCACAAUUUCACAACAUUCAGGGCCAAAGUCAAAUACUUUCCUCUCUCUCUCUCUCUUCUUCUUCUUCUUCUUCUUCUGUUGUCUAUGUGAAGAAGAAGAGAGCUGUUCUGUAAGAAAGAUUAUGGACGGAGGUGGCGCGUACAACCCACGCACGGUGGAGGAGGUUUUCAGAGAUUUCAAGGGUCGUAGGAGUGGCAUGAUUAAAGCUUUAACCACUGAUGUUCAGGAGUUUUACCGACUUUGUGAUCCCGAAAAGGAGAACCUGUGCCUCUAUGGGCAACCAAAUGAGCGCUGGGAAGUGAAUCUACCAGCUGAAGAGGUUCCCCCGGAGCUCCCAGAGCCUGUCUUGGGCAUCAACUUUGCCCGGGACGGGAUGCAGGAAAAGGACUGGCUGUCCCUUGUUGCUGUCCACAGCGAUGCAUGGCUUCUUGCUGUUGCUUUCUUUUUCGGAGCCAGGUUUGGAUUUGACAAAGCUGAUAGGAAAAGGCUUUUCAAUAUGAUGAAUGACCUCCCUUCAAUAUUUGAGGUUGUGGCUGGCACUGCUAAGAAACAAUCAAAGGAGAAGUCUUCUGUUUCCAACAAUAGCAGCAACAGAUCCAAAUCAAACUCCAAGCGAGGAUCAGAACAGAGGCCCAAGCUCACAAAGCCUGAGGAGCCUGAAGAUGAAGAGGAGGAAGAGGAAGGUGUGGAAGAAGAGGAGGAUGAGGAUGAGGAUGAUGAGCAAGGGGAAACACAGUGUGGGGCAUGUGGUGAGAGCUAUGCAGCUGAUGAGUUCUGGAUCUGCUGUGAUCUCUGUGAGAACUGGUUCCAUGGGAAGUGUGUGAAGAUAACACCAGCCAGAGCCGAGCACAUCAAGCAGUAUAAGUGCCCAUCUUGCAGCAACAAGAGAGCUCGGUCCUAAAAAUUCAAUUCUGUGUAUUUGCUUUGCAUAUGAUGAUGUAACAUGCCUUACUCUUUGGUUAGAUCAGAUUUGUUGGUUUAAGUCAAGACAUUCAUGUGAGACUUGGUUAUCUUAGGCACAAGUUAUUAGCCUCUUC